AUGAGUAAGGCCGACAUAGAAUGUAUCUCUUCAGGUGAUCUUGUGUGGAGAUGUGUUUCAUGCCAAGCAACAAGGAGGAAGAGCAUGAGAUUGGACACCCAGAGUACAAAGGAGGGAGGAAUAACCUUGGAAGAUCUUUUGAAAGUGGUUAAUGAAAUAAGAGACAUUCAAAAAAGAAGCGAAUCGGAUGUCAAUAGGGCUUAUGAAAAUCUUAAUGACAAAAUAGAUGACAACACAAAAAUGCUAGCUGAUCAAAAUACCAAGUUGGAAGGAUAUUUAAAAGUCAUGGAAAGCCUGACACUGGAAAAUGUGCAAUUGAAGAAAAAAGUUGCUGCUCUUGAAAAUCGUGUAGAAGAAAUGGAACAAUAUUCCAGAAGUAAUUGUGUAGAGAUACACGGGAUACCAGAGGAGAAGACAGAGAAUGUUGUGAGUGUGGUGAAGGAGGUUGGAAAGGCGCUGGACAUGCCCAUCACGGACUCCAUGAUUGAUGCCGGUCACGGACUGGGGAGGAGAUCAGGACCGAACAACCAACCUGCAGCCAUCAUCGUCAAGUUUGUGAGACGUCUUGACAAAGAAGAGUUAAUGAAAAAACGGACGGUCAAGAAGAAUUUCUCUACACGGCACAUCAACAUGACUACGGACAGCCAAAUUUAUAUAAACGAGUCACUGUCACCAGCAAGAAGAAGACUUUUUGUCAUGGCCCGGGAGGCAAAGAAGACGAAGAACUUUAAGUAUUUGUGGGUCCGAAAUGGCAAGAUACUUAUGAGACGAGAUGAUGGACAGCCAGUGAUACAUGUAACAUGCCAGGAUGACUUUAGUAAGUUGUAA